UUUGCUCUGUGCUACAAAGAAAUAAAGAAAGAAACAAUCGGAUUAAUUGCAGCUUAUUUUUCAGCCAUUGUUGUUGAACACACAAACCUUACUCACUAGUGAUGGGGAGGAAAUCAUGCUUUGGGCUUCUGCUUUUGCUCUUCAUUGUCUUGGCUUCACAAGAGAUAGUGGUGCCAACUGAGGCAAGGGUUUGUCAGUCACAGAGUCAUGGGUUCCACGGAACAUGCCUCCGCCACCACAACUGUGCUCUUGUCUGCAGGAACGAGGGUUUCUCCGGUGGCAGGUGCCGUGGCCUUCGUCGUCGCUGCUUUUGCACUCGCCUCUGUUGAUGAUCAUCUUAUCCAGUGAUAAUGUUAUGUUUGUUCUGUGCAUGCAGCUGGGAACAUUAUUAAUAAACUAAGUUCUCUUC